AUGCUUGAAUGGGUGUUUGGCAAGCGCAUGACGCCGGCAGAGCGUCUGCGCAAGAACCAGCGUAUGCUCGAUAAAGCAAUCCGCGAGCUCGACCAGACCCGCGUCAAGCUGGAGAAGCAAGAAAAGACGCUCAUCCAGCAGAUCAAGACGAGCGCCAAGAACGGCCAGAUGGGUGCCUGCAAGAUCCAGGCCAAGGACCUUGUCCGUACGAGGAGAUAUAUCGAAAAGUUUUAUGGCAUGAGAAGCCAGUUGCAACAGAUUUCGUUGCGCUUGCAGACGUAUCGAACGAACGAGCAGAUGAUGCAAGCCAUGAAGGGUGCUACAAUGGCACUCGGAAGCAUGAACAAGUCUAUGAACCUGCCACAGCUGCAACGCAUCGCCAUGGAAUUCGAACGGGAGAACGACAUAAUGGAGCAACGCCAGGAGAUGAUGGACGAUGCUGUUGACGACGCCAUGGAUGUUGGCGUCGAAGAGGAAGGUGACGAGGUCGUUGAGCAGGUAUUAGAGGAUAUUGGAAUUGAGUUCAACCAAGCACUCGGAGAGACGCCUACAACGAUCGGAAAUCCAGCUCAGCCAGAGGGCAGAAUUGCACAGGCGGUUGGCGGAGGCGGAGGUGACAUUGACCCCGUUGACAACGACUUGGAAGCAAGGCUUGACAACCUGCGAAAAUAA